GUCCGCGGCGCAGCUGACUCCGCCUGCCAGGCGCUCGCCCGGCUCCUGCACCCUGAGGCGGUGCCACGUUCGCUGCCCGCCAUCCUGGCUGGCACCUCACCCAGCCGCAAAUGGCAGACCAAGGAGGGCGCUUUUAAAAUCAUCUCAACCCUCUGUGAGACAGCACCUGACGCAGUGCAGGCGGCGCUACCGGAUAUUGUGCCCGUGGUGUCCGAUGGCAUGGUGGACGCACGCGAUGAGGUUAAGGCCGUGGCGGUGACGGCCGCGGAAGCCGCCUUUGCGCUGGCCGGCAACCGUGACAUUGCGCCCUGCAUCCCCUCCUUCCUGUCUUGCAUCCGCAAGCCCAAGGAGACGGCCGAGGCCGUCAUCAAGCUCAGCGGCACCACCUUUGUGCAGGCCGUAGAGGCUCCCGCCCUGGCGGUGAUGUGUCCGCUGCUCAUCAAGGGCUUGAAGGAGGAGACCGCCAUCAAGCGCAAGGCCGCCAACAUCAUCUCCAACAUGUCGAAGCUCGUCACGAGCGCAGCAGAUGGAGACACCUUCCUGCCGAAGCUGCUGCCGCGUUUGGAGGCCGCCGCCAACGAGACUCCAGAUCCAGAGUGCCGCUCCGUGUGCGCUGCCGCCGCCGCCACUGUACGGCGUGUGGCUGAGACGGCCGCCGCCACGCGCCAGGCGGAGGCGGAUGAGCGCAAGGUGUUGGGCGAGGCGGAGGUGGAGGCCAUGUUGAAGGAGGUCCUUCAGGUGUGUCGUAGUGGUGGUGCCGUGUCGUACUGUGCCUCCAUCGCCACGUGUCUGGUGAAUAAGCGGGCAACGGAAUCGUCGAAGUGGCUCGAGAAGAUUGUGGAGCCGUUCCUGCUGCCCUUCUUGCCCGGCGGCGACGCGGCUGCUGCCGCCGUGGCUGAGUCCUGGUCCUCCCGCUGCGAGGCGGCCUCCCACGUGGUGUUGGACCUGGGGCUCAGUGACGAUGAGGCGGGGGAGGUGCUGUGCAACUGCGAGUUCUCGCUGGCUUAUGGUGGCAAGAUCUUGCUGAACAACGCACGUUUGCGGCUGAAGCGCGGCCGCCGCUAUGGUCUGUGCGGCCAUAACGGCGUGGGCAAGACCACCCUCAUGCGCGCCAUCAACAAUGAGAAAGUGGAGGGCUUUCCACCCAAGGAAGAUGUCUGCUCCGUGUACUUGGAGUCGGAUAUCGACCCAGCCUUGGCAGAGGUACCCAUUGUGGAUUUCGUGUUUAAGGACCCCACUCUGCAAGGUGACAUGGAGGAGGUUGUGGAGAUGCUCAGCAACGUGGGCUUUGAUGAGGCCAAGCAGAAGCACCAAGUGGGCUCGCUUUCAGGCGGAUGGAAGAUGAAGCUGGCGCUGGCCCGCGCCAUGUUGAUGAAGCCCGACAUCCUGCUGCUGGACGAGCCCACCAACCACCUCGACGUGGUCAACGUGGCCUGGCUGGAACAAUAUAUCACCAAGGUGGUUCCCCACGUCACCUGCCUAAUCGUAUCCCACGACUCGUCCUUCCUGGAUAAUGUUUGCACCGAUAUCAUACACUACGAGAGCCGGAAGCUCAAGUACUACCACGGGAAUCUGUCCGAGUUUGUCAAGGUCAAGCCAGAGGCCAAGUCGUACUACACGCUUGCCGCUGCCACGCUGCGCUUCAACUUCCCUAAGCCCUCCUUCUUGGACGGCGUCACCAGCGGCGAGAAGCCCAUUCUGUCCAUGAAAAAGGUGACGUUCACCUACCCAGGCGCCCCCAAGCCUCAGCUGGAGAGCAUCACCUGCGCAUGCCGCAUGUCCUCACGCGUCGCCAUCCUGGGCCCCAACGGCGCGGGCAAGUCCACGCUCAUUAAGCUGAUGACGGGCGAGCUCAAGCCAGACACCGGCACCGUGUCCAAACACGUCAACGUGCGUGUGGCCUAUGUGAGCCAGCACGCGCUGCACCACCUGGAGGACCACCUGGACAUGACCCCUAACCAGUACAUCCGGAAGCGCUACUCCAAGGGAGAGGACAAGGAGGAGGAGCAAAAGGUUACCCGCAUACUGACUCCGGAGGAGGAAGAGGCCAUCAAGAAGCAGAUCUGGGUCAUUGACGGGCAAAAUCGCGUGCUUGAGAAGCUGCUGGGGCGGCGCAAGAAGAAAAAGAGCUUCGAGUACGAGGUCAAGUGGGUUGGUCUGAGCUCCAUCGAGUUCAACCGCUGGAUCAUGCGCGAGGUGCUUGUGGAACGCGGCUUUGAGAAGCUGUGUCGCGAGAUGGACGAUAAGAUCAAUGCGGAGAAGGGGGAGGCGGCAGCACGCCCGCUCACGCUGGCGUCUGUGGAGCAAUACCUCCAGGACUUUGGUCUGGAGCCCGAGUUCGGUACCCACAGCGCCAUCCGUGGCCUGUCGGGCGGUCAGAAGGUCAAGCUGGUGUUGGCGGCUGCGCUGUGGCACUGCCCUCACCUGUUGGUGCUGGACGAGCCCACCAACUACUUGGACCGUGACUCGCUGGGCGCGCUGGCGCAGGCCAUUAAGGAGUUUGGUGGCGGCGUGGUGAUGAUCAGCCACCACAGCGAGUUUGUGGGGGCGCUUUCCAACGAAAUCUGGGACCUCAAGGAUGGCAAGCUGUCAUGUCACGCCAAGACUGCAAAGGACGAGGAGGGGGGCGACCAGCAGUAGAGAACCAGCUGGCCAACUCCGCCAGAUUCCGUUUAUUGUUGGCCCGUUGUGUGGCACAACACGCGAGCUUAUGCGCGUUAGCUACACUGCGCUGCCAGUAUAGCGUCUACACGUCUUUAGUUAGGCUCUGCGCGGCUGGUCCAGUUCUUCAGGCAGAGGCUUGUGUGUCGGGGUCGUAACUCUUGGCGACGUCAGUGAGCACAGCGCGUGGUAUGCAGCUUGCAGUUUGGAGAGCGGCAGCCGUGGCCGCGGAUUACAGGAAUGCUGCAGUGGCACGGAAAUUUGCUGUAAGAUGGAGCUGUUAUAUCGGCGGACGAGGAGUCCUAGAGGUUCUUCAACAUGCGGCCGUAACGGCGUCCACAGCGGAUUUGGUUGUAAGACAGAUGGCUGGGAGACAGAACAGCACGGAA